AUGAUACGUGAAAAGCCUAGCGUUAAAAUUGGGUUAAUACAGGAGAGGAUUGCAUCAAAUCUAGGAUUUCAUAUAUCAUACAUAAAGGCCUGGAAAGCAAAGCAGAAGGCAAUUGUGAGGGUCUUUGGGGAUUGGGAUGAGUCGUACGCGUUUCUGCCGAGAUGGUUGGAUUAUAUGUUAUUGUUUUCUCCAGGGUCUGCCUAUAAACUGGAUGUGAAUGAACAUAGGAUAGAUGGUCGGCUCGAUGGAUCGCACAAGGUGUUCAAAAGGGUUUUUUGGACAUUCAAACAGUGUUAUGAUGCCUUUAAUUAUUGCAAGCCUAUGCUACAAAUCGAUGGGACACAUUUGUAUGGAAAAUACCGCGGAACGCUAAUGAUUGCUACAGCUGUUGACGGUAACAAUUAUGUCCUUCCUGUUGCGUUUGCUGUUGUUAGUUGUAUAUUGGCGGCCGUCAAUAAUGUUGACUUAGGGUGGCAACCACCCAGAGGGUACCAUGUUUUUUGCCUGAGACAUCUGGCAAGCAAUUUCAAUCAUAAGUUCAAAAAUAUCAUGUUGAAGAAGGAGCUAAAGAAGUUAGGUUACACUACAUCGCGAUUGGAUUUUGACGAUGGUUUGGAAAAAUUUAAAGAAUCAAGCCCACAAAUUGCAGCAUGGAUUUAUCGAAUUCCGAAGGAAAAAUGGAGUAUAUCAUACGAUGCUGAAGGAAGGCGAUUUGGCCACAUGACUACAAACUUGUCGGAGUGUGUUAACAAGGAGGCCCGGGAAGAGAUGGACAAAGGUAAUCGUUUCGCCAAAGUGUUCUGGGUUGCAUACGUUAAAAACCAACAAAAUGUUGCAACACACUUUGUUACGUCGUAUGACAGACAGAAAACACGAUUUGAAGUUCAAGAGUCUUACAAUCAAAGAACUCAUAGAGGCGGAAAGAAAUGGUGGGUUUCAUUAGCUGAUCGGGCCUGUUAG